AUGUACGUUCCACGCACCCGCUUCCGCCCGUCGCACUCCCUUCCGCGCGCCUGCACUCCCUUCCGCACGUCGCACUCUCUUACGCCCAUCAAACUCCCUCCCGCCGUCGCCCUACUGCCCGUCGCUCUCCCUAGCGCACGUCGCACUCACUUCCGCCGACGGCCUCCCUUCCGCCCGUCACCUUCCCUUCCGCCCGUCGCACUCACUUCCGCCGUCGCCAUCCCUUCCGCCCGUCGCCCGUCACCUUCCCUUCCGCCCGUCGCCCUCCCUUCCGCCCGUCGCCCUCCCUUCCGCCGUCGCCAUAGAUUCCGCCCGUCGCCCGUCGCCAUGCCUUCCGCCCGUCGCCCUCCCUUCCGCCCGUCGCCCUCCCUUCCGCCGUCGCCAUCCCUUCCGCCCGUCACCCUCCCUUCGUCUCGUCGCCCUCCCUUCCUCCCAUUGCCCUCCCGACCACCCGCCGCCCUACCUUCCCCUCGUCGCGCUCCCUUCCGCCCGUUGCCCCCCUUUGUCUCGUCUAGGGUCCCCGCUGCUCAUCGCCCUCCCUCCCGCUCGACCCCUCGCAAUCCCCGUAUCUCUCUCCCCUCGUCGCCCUGGCACCUCCGUCACUGUCGCCAUCCCUCCCAUCUCCCUUCCCACCUCAUUUGGGCCAGUCACGCCCCCUUUCCAACCAACACACACGGUGGCCCUUCCCCUAAUGAUCGCCUUUCACCACCACACCGCUUACCUCUCUCCUUCCCCACACCACCUUUGGCCUUCCUCCCCCAAUCCCCUUCCCUGAUUCCCUGUGUCCCUUUCCCUGCUUCCCCCCAUCUCCUUCCCUUCUUCCUCCCACCCCCUUCCCUUAUAUUCCCCCCAUCCCCGUGUCAAUUUCCCCAUGUCCCCUUCCCUGCUUCCCCGUGUUCCCUUCCUUGCUUUCCCAUGUCCCCUUCCCUUCCUCCCCCCAUCCCCUUCCCUGCUUCCCCGUGUCCCUUUCCCUGCUUCCCCCCAUCCCCUUCCCUGCUUCCCCGUGUCCCUUUCCCUGCUUCCCCCCAUCCCCUUCCCUUAUGUUCCCCCAUCCCCUUCCCUGCUUCCCCAUGUCCCCUUCCCUGCUUCCCCAUGUCCCCUCCCCUGCUUCCCCCCAUCCCCUUCCCUGCUUCCCCCCAUCCCCUUCCCUGCUUCCCCCCAUCCCCUUCCCUGCUUCCCCGUGUCCCUUUCCCUGCUUCCCCCCAUCCCCUUCCCUGCUUCCCCCCAUCCCCUUCCCUGCUUCCCCCCAUCCCCUUCCCUGCUUCCCCGUGUCCCUUUCCCUGCUUCCCCCCAUCCCCUUCCCUGCUUCCCCCCAUCCCCUUCCCUGCUUCCCUCCAUCUCCUUCCCUUCUUCCUCCCAUCCCCUUCCCUUUUAUUCCCCCCAUCCCCGUCUGCUUCCCCAUGUCCCCUCCCCUGCUUCCCCCCAUCCCCUUCCCUGCUUCCCCCCAUCCCCUUCCCUGCUUCCUCCCAUCCCCUUCCCUGCUUCCCCGUGUCCCUUUCCCUGCUUCCCCCCAUCCCCUUCCCUGCUUCCCCCCAUCCCCUUCCCUGCUUCCCCCCAUCCCCUUCCCUGCUUCCCCGUGUCCCUUUCCCUGCUUCCCCCCAUCCCCUUCCCUGCUUCCCCCCAUCCCCUUCCCUGCUUCCCUCCAUCUCCUUCCCUUCUUCCUCCCAUCCCCUUCCCUUUUAUUCCCCCCAUCCCCGUCUGCUUCCCCAUGUCCCCUCCCCUGCUUCCCCCCAUCCCCUUCCCUGCUUCCCCCCAUCCCCUUCCCUGCUUCCUCCCAUCCCCUUCCCUGCUUCCCCGUGUCCCUUUCCCUGCUUCCCCCCAUCCCCUUCCCUUCUUUCCCCCAUCCCCUUCCCUCAUGUUCCCCCAUCCCCUUCCCUGCUUCCCCAUGUCCCCUUCCCUGCUUCCCCAUGUCCCCUUCCCUGCUUCCCCCCAUCCCCUUCCCUGCUUCCCCCCAUCCCCUUCCCUGCUUCCCCCCAUCCCCUUCCCUGCUUCCCCGUGUCCCUUUCCCUGCUUCCCCCCAUCUCCUUCCCUUCUUCCGCCCAUCCCCUUCCCUUAUGUUCCCCCAUCCCCUUCCCUGCUUCCCCAUGUCCCCUUCCCUGCUUCCCCAUGUCCCCUCCCCUGCUUCCCCCCAUCCCCUUCCCUGCUUCCCCGUGUCCCUUUCCCUGCUUCCCCCCAUCCCCUUCCCUUCUUCCCCCCAUCCCCUUCCCUCAUGUUCCCCCAUCCCCUUCCCUGCUUCCCCAUGUCCCCUUCCCUGCUUCCCCCCAUCCCCUUCCCUGCUUCCCCCCAUCCCCUUCCCUGCUUCCCCCCAUCCCCUUCCCUGCUUCCCCCCAUCCCCUUCCCUGCUUCCCCCCAUCUCCUUCCCUUCUUCCGCCCAUCCCCUUCCCUUAUGUUCCCCCAUCCCCUUCCCUGCUUCCCCGUGUCCCUUUCCCUGCUUCCCCCCAUCCCCUUCCCUUCUUCCGCCCAUCCCCUUCCCUUAUGUUCCCCCAUCCCCUUCCCUGCUUCCCCAUGUCCCCUUCCCUGCUUCCCCCCAUCCCCUUCCCUGCUUCCCCCCAUCCCCUUCCCUGCUUCCCCCCAUCCCCUUCCCUGCUUCCCCCCAUCCCCUUCCCUGCUUCCCCCCAUCUCCUUCCCUUCUUCCGCCCAUCCCCUUCCCUUAUGUUCCCCCAUCCCCUUCCCUGCUUCCCCGUGUCCCUUUCCCUGCUUCCCCCCAUCCCCUUCCCUUCUUCCGCCCAUCCCCUUCCCUUAUGUUCCCCCAUCCCCUUCCCUGCUUCCCCAUGUCCCCUCCCCUGCUUCCCCCCAUCCCCUUCCCUGCUUCCCCCCAUCCCCUUCCCUGCUUCCCCCCAUCCCCUUCCCUUCUUCCCCCCAUCCCCUUCCCUCAUGUUCCCCCAUCCCCUUCCCUGCUUCCCCAUGUCCCCUUCCCUGCUUCCCCAUGUCCCCUUCCCUGCUUCCCCGUGUCCCUUUCCCUGCUUCCCCCCAUCCCCUUCCCUUCCUCCCCCCAUCCCCUUCCCUGCUUCCCCAUGUCCCCUUCCCAUCCUCCCCCCAUCCCCUUCCCUGCCGUCCCCCCAUCCCCUUCCCUGCUUCCCCCCAUCCCCUUCCCUGCUUCCCCCCAUCCCCUUCCCUUCUUCCCCCCAUCCCCUUCCCUCAUGUUCCCCCAUCCCCUUCCCUGCUUCCCCAUGUCCCCUUCCCUGCUUCCCCAUGUCCCCUUCCCUGCUUCCCCGUGUCCCUUUCCCUGCUUCCCCCCAUCCCCUUCCCUUCCUCCCCCCAUCCCCUUCCCUGCUUCCCCAUGUCCCCUUCCCAUCCUCCCCCCAUCCCCUUCCCUGCCGUCCCCCCAUCCCCUUCCCUUCUUCCCCCCAUCCCCUUCCUUUAUGUUCCCCCAUCCCCUUCCCUGCUUCCCCAUGUCCCCUUCCCUGCUUCCCCAUGUCCCCUUCCCUGCUUCCCCCCAUCCCCUUCCCUGCUUCCCCGUGUCCCUUUCCCUUCCUCCCCCCAUCCCCUUCCCUUCCUCCCCCCAUCCCCUUCCCUGCUUCCCCCCAUCCCCUUCCCUGCUUCCCCGUGUCCCUUUCCCUGCUUCCCCCCAUCCCCUUCCCUUCCUCCCCCCAUCCCCUUCCCUGCUUCCCCGUGUCCCUUUCCCUGCUUCCCCCCAUCCCCUUCCCUGCUUCCCCAUGUCCCUUUCCCUGCUUCCCCCCAUCCCCUUCCCUUCUUCCACUUGUCCCUUUCCCUUCCUCCCCCCAUCCCCUUCCCUGCUUUCCCAUGUGUCUUCCCUUCCUCCCCCCAUCCCCUUCCCUUCCUCCCCCCAUCCCCUUCCCUGCUUCCCCAUGUCCCCUUCCCAUCCUCCCCCCAUCCCCUUCCCUGCUUCCCCGUGUCCCUUUCCCUGCUUCCCCCCAUCCCCUUCCCUGCUUCCCCGUGUCCCCUUCCCUGCUUCCCCCCAUCCCCUUCCCUGCUUCCCCGUGUCCCUUUCCCUGCUUCCCCCCAUCCCCUUCCCUGCUUCCCCAUGUCCCUUUCCCUGCUUCCCCCCAUCCCCUUCCCUUCUUCCCCGUGUCCCUUUCCCUUCCUCCCCCCAUCCCCUUCCCUGCUUUCCCAUGUGUCUUCCCUUCCUCCCCCCAUCCCCUUCCCUGCUUCCCCAUGUCCCCUUCCCUGCUUCCCCAUGUCCCCUUCCCUUCCUCCCCCCAUCCCCUUCCCUGCUUCCCCAUGUCCCUUUACAAGCUUCCCCCCAUCCUCCUCCCUGCUCCCCCCCAUCCUCUUCCCUGCUUCCCUCCAUCCCCUUCCCUGCUUCCACAUGUCCCUUUCCCUGCUUCCCCGUGUCCCCUUCCGCGGCACUCACACGCACCACUUGACCUGAUGCCAUUCAUCGACCGUGACCCCGUGGGAGGCGCACUUGGUGCAGAUGGGGAGGUGCUUCCCCCCAAGAAGCUGCGUGACGUGCCCACAGAGUGGAGGUGGGAGCGGGUGUGGGGGCAGUGGGGAGCUGCGAGGAGGACGAGGAGGAGCAGCCCCUGGCGCUGGCAGCUUCCAUGGAGGGGCACACAGAGGAAGAGGGGGGCGAGGUGGGGAGGUGGGGAGCAAGGUGGGGAGCAAGGUGGGGAGCAAGGUGGGAGCAAGGUGGGGAGCAAGGUGGGGAGCAAGGUGGGGAGCAAGGUGGGGAGCAAGGUGGGGAGCAAGGUGGGGAGCAAGGUGGGGAGCAAGGUGGGGAGCAAGGUGGGGAGCAAGGUGGGAGCAAGGUGGGGAGCAAGGUGGGGAGCAAGGUGGGGAGCAAGGUGGGGAGCAAGGUGGGGAGCAAGGUGGGGAGCAAGGUGGGGAGCAAGGUGGGGAGCAAGGUGGGGAGCAAGGUGGGAGCAAGGUGGGGAGCAAGGUGGGGAGCAAGGUGGGGAGCAAGGUGGGGAGCAAGGUGGGGAGCAAGGUGGGGAGCAAGGUGGGGAGCAAGGUGGGGAGCAAGGUGGGGAGCAAGGUGGGGAGCAAGGUGGGGAGCAAGGUGGGGAGCAAGGUGGGGAGCAAGGUGGGGAGCAAGGUGGGGAGCAAGGUGGGGAGCAAGGUGGGGAGCAAGGUGGGAGCAAGGUGGGGAGCAAGGUGGGGAGCAAGGUGGGGAGCAAGGUGGGGAGCAAGGUGGGGAGCAAGGUGGGGAGCAAGGUGGGGAGCAAGGUGGGGAGCAAGGUGGGGAGCAAGGUGGGGAGCAAGGUGGGGAGCAAGGUGGGGAGCAAGGUGGGGAGCAAGGUGGGGAGCAAGGUGGGGAGCAAGGUGGGGAGCAAGGUGGGGAGCAAGGUGGGGAGCAAGGUGGGGAGCAAGGUGGGGAGCAAGGUGGGGAGCAAGGUGGGGAGCAAGGUGGGGAGCAAGGUGGGGAGCAAGGUGGGGAGCAAGGUGGGGAGCAAGGUGGGGAGCAAGGUGGGGAGCAAGGUGGGGAGCAAGGUGGGGAGCAGGUGGGGAGCAAGGUGGGGAGCAAGGUGGGGAGCAAGGUGGGGAGCAAGGUGGGGAAGCAAGGUGGGGAGCAAGGUGGGGAGCAAGGUGGGGAGCAAGGUGGGGAGCAAGGUGGGGAGCAAGGUGGGGAGCAAGGUGGGGAGCAAGGUGGGGAGCAAGGUGGGGAGCAAGGUGGGGAGCAAGGUGGGGAGCAAGGUGGGGAGCAAGGUGGGGAGCAAGGUGGGGAGCAAGGUGGGGAGCAAGGUGGGGAGCAAGGUGGGGAGCAAGGUGGGGAGCAAGGUGGGAGCAAGGUGGGGAGCAAGGUGGGGAGCAAGGUGGGGAGCAAGGUGGGGAGCAAGGUGGGGAGCAAGGUGGGGAGCAAGGUGGGGAGCAAGGUGGGGAGCAAGGUGGGGAGCAAGGUGGGGAGCAAGGUGGGGAGCAAGGUGGGGAGCAAGGUGGGGAGCAAGGUGGGGAGCAAGGUGGGGAGCAAGGUGGGGAGCAAGGUGGGGAGCAAGGUGGGGAGCAAGGUGGGGAGCAAGGUGGGGAGCAAGGUGGGGAGCAAGGUGGGGAGCAAGGUGGGGAGCAAGGUGGGGAGCAAGGUGGGGAGCAAGGUGGGAGCAAGGUGGGGAGCAAGGUGGGAGCAAGGUGGGGAGCAAGGUGGGGAGCAAGGUGGGGAGCAAGGUGGGGAGCAAGGUGGGGAGCAAGGUGGGGAGCAAGGUGGGGAGCAAGGUGGGGAGCAAGGUGGGGAGCAAGGUGGGGAGCAAGGUGGGGAGCAAGGUGGGGAGCAAGGUGGGGAGCAAGGUGGGGAGCAAGGUGGGGAGCAAGGUGGGGAGCAAGGUGGGGAGCAAGGUGGGGAGCAAGGUGGGGAGCAAGGUGGGGAGCAAGGUGGGGAGCAAGGUGGGGAGCAAGGUGGGGAGCAAGGUGGGGAGCAAGGUGGGGAGCAAGGUGGGGAGCAAGGUGGGGAGCAAGGUGGGGAGCAAGGUGGGGAGCAAGGUGGGGAGCAAGGUGGGGAGCAAGGUGGGGAGCAAGGUGGGGAGCAAGGUGGGGAGCAAGGUGGGAGCAAUUGGUGGGAGCAAGGGGGGGGAGCAAGGUGGGGAGCAAGGUGGGAGCAAGGUGGGGAGCAAAGUGGGGAGCAAGGUGGGGAGCAAGGUGGGGAGCAAAGGUGGGGAGCAAGGUGGGAGCAAGGUGGGGAGCAAGGUGGGGAGCAAGGUGGGGAGCAAGGUGGGGAGCAAGGUGGGGAGCAAGGUGGGGAGCAAGGUGGGAGCAAGGUGGGAGCAAGGUGGGGAGCAAGGUGGGGAGCAAGGUGGGGAGCAAGGUGGGGAGCAAGGUGGGGAGCAAGGUGGGGAGCAAGGUGGGGAGCAAGGUGGGGAGCAAGGUGGGGAGCAAGGUGGGGAGCAAGGUGGGGAGCAAGGUGGGGAGCAAGGGGGGAGCAAGGUGGGGAGCAAGGUGGGGAGCAAGGUGGGGAGCAAGGUGGGGAGCAAGGUGGGGAGCAAGGUGGGGAGCAAGGUGGGGAGCAAGGUGGGGAGCAAGGUGGGGAGCAAGGUGGGGAGCAAGGUGGGGAGCAAGGUGGGGAGCAAGGUGGGGAGCAAGGUGGGGAGCAAGGUGGGGAGCAAGGUGGGGAGCAAGGUGGGGAGCAAGGUGGGGAGCAAGGUGGGGAGCAAGGUGGGGAGCAAGGUGGGGAGCAAGGUGGGGAGCAAGGUGGGGAGCAAGGUGGGGAGCAAGGUGGGGAGCAAGGUGGGGAGCAAGGUGGGGAGCAAGGUGGGGAGCAAGGUGGGGAGCAAGGUGGGGAGCAAGGUGGGGAGCAAGGUGGGGAGCAAGGUGGGGAGCAAGGUGGGGAGCAAGGUGGGGAGCAAGGUGGGGAGCAAGGUGGGGAGCAAGGUGGGGAGCAAGGUGGGGAGCAAGGUGGGGAGCAAGGUGGGGAGCAAGGUGGGGAGCAAGGUGGGGAGCAAGGUGGGGAGCAAGGUGGGGAGCAAGGUGGGGAGCAAGGUGGGGAGCAAGGUGGGGAGCAAGGUGGGGAGCAAGGUGGGGAGCAAGGUGGGGAGCAAGGUGGGGAAGCAAGGUGGGGAGCAAGGUGGGAGCAAGGUGGGGAGCAAGGUGGGGAGCAAGGUGGGGAGCAAGGUGGGGAGCAAGGUGUGGGAGCAAGGUGGGGAGCAAGGUGGGGAGCAAGGUGGGGAGCAAGGUGGGGAGCAAGGUGGGGAGCAAGGUGGGGGAGCAAGGUGGGGAGCAAGGUGGGGAGCAAGGUGGGGAGCAAGGUGGGGAGCAAGGUGGGGAGCAAGGUGGGGAGCAAGGUGGGGAGCAAGGUGGGGAGCAAGGUGGGAGCAAGGUGGGGAGCAAGGUGGGGAGCAAGGUGGGGGAGCAAGGUGGGGAGCAAUGUGCGGGAGCAAGGUGGGGAGCAAGGUGGGGAGCAAGGUGGGGAGCAAGGUGGGGAGCAAGGUGGGGAGCAAGGUGGGGAGCAAGGUGGGGAGCAAGGUGGGGAGCAAGGUGGGGAGCAAGGUGGGGAGCAAGGUGGGGAGCAAGGUGGGGAGCAAGGUGGGGAGCAAGGUGGGGAGCAAGGUGGGGAGCAAGGUGGGGAGCAAGGUGGGGAGCAAGGUGGGAGCAAGGUGGGGAGCAAGGUGGGGAGCAAGGUGGGGAGCAAGGUGGGGAGCAAGGUGGGGAGCAAGGUGGGGAGCAAGGUGGGGAGCAAGGUGGGGAGCAAGGUGGGGAGCAAGGUGGGGAGCAAGGUGGGGAGCAAGGUGGGGAGCAAGGUGGGGAGCAAGGUGGGGAGCAAGGUGGGGAGCAAGGUGGGGAGCAAGGUGGGGAGCAAGGUGGGGAGCAAGGUGGGGAGCAAGGUGGGGAGCAAGGUGGGGAGCAAGGUGGGGAGCAAGGUGGGGAGCAAGGUGGGGAGCAAGGUGGGGAGCAAGGUGGGGAGCAAGGUGGGGAGCAAGGUGGGGAGCAAGGUGGGGAGCAAGGUGGGGAGCAAGGUGGGGGAGCAAGGUGGGGAGCAAGGUGGGGAGCAAGGUGGGGAGCAAGGUGGGGAGCAAGGUGGGGAGCAAGGUGGGGAGCAAGGUGGGGAGCAAGGUGGGGAGCAAGGUGGGGAGCAAGGUGGGGAGCAAGGUGGGGAGCAAGGUGGGGAGCAAGGUGGGGAGCAAGGUGGGGAGCAAGGUGGGGAGCAAGGUGGGGAGCAAGGUGGGGAGCAAGGUGGGGAGCAAGGUGGGGAGCAAGGUGGGGAGCAAGGUGGGGAGCAAGGUGGGGAGCAAGGUGGGGAGCAAGGUGGGGAGCAAGGUGGGGAGCAAGGUGGGGAGCAAGGUGGGGAGCAAGGUGGGGAGCAAGGUGGGGAGCAAGGUGGGGAGCAAGGUGGGGAGCAAGGUGGGGAGCAAGGUGGGGAGCAAGGUGGGGAGCAAGGUGGGGAGCAAGGUGGGGAGCAAGGUGGGGAGCAAGGUGGGGAGCAAGGUGGGGAGCAAGGUGGGGAGCAAGGUGGGGAGCAAGGUGGGGAGCAAGGUGGGGAGCAAGGUGGGGAGCAAGGUGGGGAGCAAGGUGGGGAGCAAGGUGGGGAGCAAGGUGGGGAGCAAGGUGGGGAGCAAGGUGGGGAGCAAGGUGGGGAGCAAGGUGGGGAGCAAGGUGGGGAGCAAGGUGGGGAGCAAGGUGGGGAGCAAGGUGGGGAGCAAGGUGGGGAGCAAGGUGGGGAGCAAGGUGGGGAGCAAGGUGGGGAGCAAGGUGGGGAGCAAGGUGGGGAGCAAGGUGGGGAGCAAGGUGGGGAGCAAGGUGGGGAGCAAGGUGGGGAGCAAGGUGGGGAGCAAGGUGGGGAGCAAGGUGGGGAGCAAGGUGGGGGAGCAAGGUGGGGAGCAAGGUGGGGGAGCAAGGUGGGGAGCAAGGUGGGGAGCAAGGUGGGGAGCAAGGUGGGGAGCAGGUGGGGAGCAAGGUGGGGAGCAAGGUGGGGAGCAAGGUGGGGAGCAAGGUGGGGAGCAAGGUGGGGAGCAAGGUGGGGAGCAAGGUGGGGAGCAAGGUGGGGAGCAAGGUGGGGAGCAAGGUGGGGAGCAAGGUGGGGAGCAAGGUGGGGAGCAAGGUGGGGAGCAAGGUGGGGAGCAAGGUGGGGAGCAAGGUGGGGAGCAAGGUGGGGAGCAAGGUGGGGAGCAAGGUGGGGAGCAAGGGUGGGGAGCAAGGUGGGGAGCCAGGUGGGGAGCAAGGUGGGGAGCAAGGUGGGAGCAAGGUGGGAGCAAGGUGGGGAGCAAGGUGGGGAGCAAGGUGGGGAGCAAGGUGGGGAGCAAGGUGGGGCAACGGUGGGGAGCAAGGUGGGGAGCAAGGUGGGGAGCAAGGUGGGGAGCAAGGUGGGGAGCAAGGUGGGGAGCAAGGUGGGGAGCAAGGUGGGGAGCAAGGUGGGGAGCAAGGUGGGGAGCAAGGUGGGAGCAAGGUGGGGAGCAAGGGGGGAGCAAGGUGGGGAGCAAGGUGGGAGCAAGGUGGGGAGCAAGGUGGGAGCAAGGUGGGGAGCAAGGUGGGGAGCAAGGUGGGGAGCAAGGUGGUGGAGCAAGGAUGGGAGCAAGGUGGGGAGCAAGGUGGGGAGCAAGGUGGGGAGCAAGGUCGGGGAGCAAGGUGGGGAGCAAGGUAUGGGGAGCAAGGUGGGGAGCAAGGUGGGGAGCAAGGUGGGGAGCAAGGUGGGAGCAAGGUGGGGAGCAAGGUGGGGAGCAAGGUGGGAGCAAGGUGGGGAGCAAGGUGGGGAGCAAGGUGGGGAGCAAGGUGGGGAGCAAGGUGGGGAGCAAGGUGGGGAGCAAGGUGGGGAGCAAGGUGGGGAGCAAGGUGGGGAGCAAGGUGGGGAGCAAGGUGGGGAGCAAGGUGGGGAGCAAGGUGGGGAGCAAGGUGGGGAGCAAGGUGGGGAGCAAGGUGGGGAGCAAGGUGGGGAGCAAGGUGGGGAGCAAGGUGGGGAGCAAGGUGGGGAGCAAGGUGGGGAGCAAGGUGGGGAGCAAGGUGGGGAGCAAGGUGGGGAGCAAGGUGGGGAGCAAGGUGGGGAGCAAGGUGGGGAGCAAGGUGGGGAGCAAGGUGGGGAGCAAGGUGGGGAGCAAGGUGGGGAGCAAGGUGGGGAGCAAGGUGGGGAGCAAGGUGGGGAGCAAGGUGGGGAGCAAGGUGGGGAGCAAGGUGGGGAGCAAGGUGGGGAGCAAGGUGGGGAGCAAGGUGGGGAGCAAGGUGGGGAGCAAGGUGGGGAGCAAGGUGGGGAGCAAGGUGGGGAGCAAGGUGGGGAGCAAGGUGGGGAGCAAGGUGGGGAGCAAGGUGGGGAGCAAGGUGGGGAGCAAGGUGGGGAGCAAGGUGGGGAGCAAGGUGGGGAGCAAGGUGGGGAGCAAGGUGGGGAGCAAGGUGGGGAGCAAGGUGGGGAGCAAGGUGGGGAGCAAGGUGGGGAGCAAGGUGGGGAGCAAGGUGGGGAGCAAGGUGGGGAGCAAGGUGGGGAGCAAGGUGGGGAGCAAGGUGGGGAGCAAGGUGGGGAGCAAGGUGGGGAGCAAGGUGGGGAGCAAGGUGGGGAGCAAGGUGGGGAGCAAGGUGGGGAGCAAGGUGGGGAGCAAGGUGGGGAGCAAGGUGGGGAGCAAGGUGGGGAGCAAGGUGGGGAGCAAGGUGGGGAGCAAGGUGGGGAGCAAGGUGGGGAGCAAGGUGGGGAGCAAGGUGGGGAGCAAGGUGGGGAGCAAGGUGGGGAGCAAGGUGGGGAGCAAGGUGGGGAGCAAGGUGGGGAGCAAGGUGGGGAGCAAGGUGGGGAGCAAGGUGGGGAGCAAGGUGGGGAGCAAGGUGGGGAGCAAGGUGGGGAGCAAGGUGGGGAGCAAGGUGGGGGGAGCAAGGUGGGGAGCAAGGUGGGGAGCAAGGUGGGGAGCAAGGUGGGGAGCAAGGUGGGGAGCAAGGUGGGGAGCAAGGUGGGGAGCAAGGUGGGGAGCAAGGUGGGGAGCAAGGUGGGGAGCAAGGUGGGGAGCAAGGUGGGGAGCAAGGUGGGGAGCAAGGUGGGGAGCAAGGUGGGGAGCAAGGUGGGGAGCAAGGUGGGGGAGCAAGGUGGGGAGCAAGGUGGGGAGCAAGGUGGGGAGCAAGGUGGGGAGCAAGGUGGGGAGCAAGGUGGGGAGCAAGGUGGGGAGCAAGGUGGGGAGCAAGGUGGGGAGCAAGGUGGGGAGCAAGGUGGGGAGCAAGGUGGGGAGCAAGGUGGGGAGCAAGGUGGGGAGCAAGGUGGGGAGCAAGGUGGGGAGCAAGGUGGGGAGCAAGGUGGGGAGCAAGGUGGGGAGCAAGGUGGGGAGCAAGGUGGGGAGCAAGGUGGGGAGCAAGGUGGGGAGCAAGGUGGGGAGCAAGGUGGGGAGCAAGGUGGGGAGCAAGGGUGGGGAGCAAGGUGGGGAGCAAGGUGGGGAGCAAGGUGGGGAGCAAGGUGGGGAGCAAGGUGGGGAGCAAGGUGGGGAGCAAGGUGGGGAGCAAGGUGGGGAGCAAGGUGGGGAGCAAGGUGGGGAGCAAGGUGGGGAGCAAGGUGGGGAGCAAGGUGGGGAGCAAGGUGGGGAGCAAGGUGGGGAGCAAGGUGGGGAGCAAGGUGGGGAGCAAGGUGGGGAGCAAGGUGGGGAGCAAGGUGGGGAGCAAGGUGGGGAGCAAGGUGGGGAGCAAGGUGGGGAAAGGUGGGGAGGUGGGGAGCAAGGUGGGGAGCAAGGUGGGGAGCAAGGUGGGGAGCAAGGUGGGGAGCAAGGUGGGGAGCAAGGUGGGGAGCAAGGUGGGGAGCAAGGUGGGGAGCAAGGUGGGGAGCAAGGUGGGGAGCAAGGUGGGGAGCAAGGUGGGGAGCAAGGUGGGGAGCAAGGUGGGGAGGCAAGGUGGGGAGCAAGGUGGGGAGCAAGGUGGGGAGCAAGGUGGGGAGCAAGUGGGGAGCAAGGUGGGGAGCAAGGUGGGGAGCAAGGUGGGGAGCAAGGUGGGGAGCAAGGGUGGGGAGCAAGGUGGGGAGCAAGGUGGGGGAGCAAGGUGGGGAGCAAGGUGGGAGCAAGGUGGGGAGCAAGGUGGGGAGCAAGGUGGGGAGCAAGGUGGGGAGCAAGGUGGGGAGCAAGGUGGGGAGCAAGGUGGGGAGCAAGGUGGGGAGCAAGGUGGGGAGCAAGGUGGGGAGCAAGGUGGGGAGCAAGGUGGGGAGCAAGGUGGGGAGCAAGGUGGGGAGGCAAGGUGGGGAGCAAGGUGGGGAGCAAGGUGGGGAGCAAGGUGGGGAGCAAGGUGGGGAGCAAGGUGGGGAGCAAGGUGGGGAGCAAGGUGGGGAGCAAGGUGGGGAGCAAGGUGGGGAGCAAGGUGGGGAGCAAGGUGGGUGAGCAAGGUGGGGAGCAAGGUGGGGAGCAAGGUGGGGAGCAAGGUGGGGAGCAAGGUGGGGAGCAAGGUGGGGAGCAAGGUGGGGAGCAAGGUGGGGAGCAAGGUGGGGAGCAAGGUGGGGAGCAAGGUGGGGAGCAAGGUGGGGAGCAAGGUGGGGAGCAAGGUGGGGAGCAAGGUGGGGAGCAAGGUGGGGAGCAAGGUGGGGAGCAAGGUGGGGAGCAAGGUGGGGAGCAAGGUGGGAGCAAGGUGGGGAGCAAGGUGGGGAGCAAGGUGGGGAGCAAGGUGGGGAGCAAGGUGGGGAGCAAGGUGGGGAGCAAGGUGGGGAGCAAGGUGGGGAGCAAGGUGGGGAGCAAGGUGGGGAGCAAGGUGGGGAGCAAGGUGGGGAGCAAGGUGGGGAGCAAGGUGGGGAGCAAGGUGGGGAGCAAGGUGGGGAGCAAGGUGGGGAGCAAGGUGGGGAGCAAGGUGGGGAGCAAGGUGGGGAGCAAGGUGGGGAGCAAGGUGGGGAGCAAGGUGGGGAGCAAGGUGGGGAGCAAGGUGGGGAGCAAGGUGGGGAGCAAGGUGGGGAGCAAGGUGGGGAGCAAGGUGGGGAGCAAGGUGGGGAGCAAGGUGGGGAGCAAGGUGGGGAGCAAGGUGGGGAGCAAGGUGGGGAGCAAGGUGGGGAGCAAGGUGGGGAGCAAGGUGGGGAGCAAGGUGGGGAGCAAGGUGGGGAGCAAGGUGGGGAGCAAGGUGGGGAGCAAGGUGGGGAGCAAGGUGGGGAGCAAGGUGGGGAGCAAGGUGGGGAGCAAGGUGGGGAGCAAGGUGGGGAGCAAGGUGGGGAGCAAGGUGGGGAGCAAGGUGGGGAGCAAGGUGGGGAGCAAGGUGGGGAGCAAGGUGGGGAGCAAGGUGGGGAGCAAGGUGGGGAGCAAGGUGGGGAGCAAGGUGGGGAGCAAGGUGGGGAGCAAGGUGGGGAGCAAGGUGGGGAGCAAGGUGGGGAGCAAGGUGGGGAGCAAGGUGGGGAGCAAGGUGGGGAGCAAGGUGGGGAGCAAGGUGGGGAGCAAGGGGGGAGCAAGGUGGGGAGCAAGGGGGAGCAAGGUGGGGAGCAAGGUGGGGAGCAAGGUGGGGAGCAAGGUGGGGAGCAAGGUGGGGGAGCAAGGUGGGGAGCAAGGUGGGGAGCAAGGUGGGGAGCAAGGUGGGAGCAAGGUGGGGAGCAAGGUGGGGAUGCAAGGUGGGGAGCAAGGUGGGGAGCAAGGUGGGGAGCAAGGUGGGGAGCAAGGUGGGGAGCAAGGUGGGGAGCAAGGUGGGGAGCAAGGUGGGGAGCAAGGUGGGGAGCAAGGUGGGGAGCAAGGGGGGAGCAAGGGGGGAGCAAGGUGGGGAGCAAGGUGGGGAGCAAGGUGGGGAGCAAGGUGGGGAGCAAGGUGCGGAGCAAGGUGGGGAGGCAAGGUGGGGAGCAAGGUGGGGAGCAAGGUGGGGAGCAAGGUGGGGAGCAAGGUGGGGAGCAAGGUGGGGAUCAAGGUGUGGGAGCAAGGUGGGGAGCAAGGUGGGGAGCAAGGUGGGGAGCAAGGUGGGGAGCAAGGUGGGGAGCAAGGUGGGGAGCAAGGUGGGGAGCAAGGUGGGGAGCAAGGUGGGAGCAAGGUGGGAGCAAGGUGGGGAGCAAGGUGGGGAGCAAGGUGGGGAGCAAGGUGGGGAGCAAGGUGGGGAGCAAGGUGGGGAGCAAGGUGGGGAGCAAGGUGGGGAGCAAGGUGGGGAGCAAGGUGGGGAGCAAGGUGGGGAGCAAGGUGGGGAGCAAGGUGGGGAGCAAGGUGGGGAGCAAGGUGGGGAGCAAGGUGGGGAGCAAGGUGGGGAGCAAGGUGGGGAGCAAGGUGGGGAGCAAGGUGGGGAGCAAGGUGGGGAGCAAGGUGGGGAGCAAGGUGGGGAGCAAGGUGGGAGCAAGGUGGGGAGCAAGGUGGGGAGCAAGGUGGGGAGCAAGGUGGGGAGCAAGGUGGGGAGCAAGGUGGGGAGCAAGGUGGGGAGCAAGGUGGGGAGCAAGGUGGGGAGCAAGGUGGGAGCAAGGUGGGGAGCAAGGUGGGGAGCAAGGUGGGGAGCAAGGUGGGGAGCAAGGUGGGGAGCAAGGUGGGAGCAAGGUGGGGAGCAAGGUGGGGAGCAAGGUGGGGAGCAAGGUGUGGGAGCAAGGUGGGGAGCAAGGUGGGGAGCAAGGUGGGGAGCAAGGUGGGGAGCAAGGUGGGGAGCAAGGUGGGGAGCAAGGUGGGGAGCAUGUGGGAGCAAGGUGGGGAGCAAGGUGGGGAGCAAGGUGGGGAGCAAGGUGGGGAGCAAGGUGGGAGCAAGGUGGGGAGCAAGGUGGGGAGCAAGGUGGGGAGCAAGGUGGGGAGCAAGGUGGGGAGCAAGGUGGGGAGCAAGGUGGGGAGCAAGGUGGGGAGCAAGGUGGGGAGCAAGGUGGGGAGCAAGGUGGGAGCAAGGUGGGGAGCAAGGUGGGGAGCAAGGUUGGGGAGCAAGGUGGGGAGCAAGGUGGGGAGCAAGGUGGGGAGCAAGGUGGGGAGCAAGGUGGGGAGCAAGGUGGGGAGCAAGGUGGGGAGCAAGGUGGGGAGCAAGGUGGGGAGCAAGGUGGGGAGCAAGGUGGGGAGCAAGGUGGGGAGCAAGGUGGGGAGCAAGGUGGGGAGCAAGGUGGGGAGCAAGGUGGGGAGCAAGGUGGGGAGCAAGGUGGGGAGCAAGGUGGGGAGCAAGGUGGGGAGCAAGGUGGGGAGCAAGGUGGGGAGCAAGGUGGGGAGCAAGGUGGGGAGCAAGGUGGGGAGCAAGGUGGGGAGCAAGGUGGGGAGCAAGGUGGGGAGCAAGGUGGGGAGCAAGGUGGGGAGCAAGGUGGGGAGCAAGGUGGGGAGCAGCAAGGUGGGGAGCAAGGUGGGGAGCAAGGUGGGGAGCAAGGUGGGGAGCAAGGUGGGGAGCAAGGUGGGGAGCAAGGUGGGGAGCAAGGUGGGGAGCAAGGUGGGGAGCAAGGUGGGGAGCAAGGUGGGGAGCAAGGUGGGGAGCAAGGUGGGGAGCAAGGUGGGGAGCAAGGUGGGGAGCAAGGUGGGGAGCAAGGUGGGGAGCAAGGUGGGGAGCAAGGUGGGGAGCAAGGUGGGGAGCAAGGUGGGGAGCAAGGUGGGGAGCAAGGUGGGGAGCAAGGUGGGGAGCAAGGUGGGGAGCAAGGUGGGGAGCAAGGUGGGGAGCAAGGUGGGGAGCAAGGUGGGGAGCAAGGUGGGGAGCAAGGUGGGAGCAGGUGGGGAGGCAAGGUGGGGGGAGCAAGGUGGGGAGCAAGGUGGGGAGCAAGGUGGGGAGCAAGGUGGGGAGCAAGGUGGGGAGCAAGGUGGGGAGCAAGGUGGGGAGCAAGGUGGGGAGCAAGGUGGGGAGCAAGGUGGGGGAGCAAGGUGGAGGGGAGCAAGGUGGGGAGCAAGGUGGGGAGCAAGGUGGGGGCAAGGUGGGAGCAAGGUGGGGAGCAAGGUGGGGAGCAAGGUGGGGAGCAAUGGUGGGGAGCAAGGUGGGGAGCAAGGUGGGGAGCAAGGUGGGGAGCAAGGUGGGGAGCAAGGUGGGGAGCAAGGUGGGGAGCAAGGUGGGGAGCAAGGUGGGGAGCAAGGUGGGGAGCAAGGUGGGGAGCAAGGUGGGGAGCAAGGUGGGGAGCAAGGUGGGGAGCAAGGUGGGGAGCAAGGUGGGGAGCAAGGUGGGGAGCAAGGUGGGGAGCAAGGUGGGGAGCAAGGGGGAGCAAGGUGGGGAGCAAGGUGGGGAGCAAGGUGGGGAGCAAGGUGGGGAGCAAGGUGGGGAGCAAGGUGGGGAGCAAGGUGGGGAGCAAGGUGGGGAGCAAGGUGGGGAGCAAGGUGGGGAGCAAGGUGGGAGCAAGGUGGGGAGCAAGGUGGGGAGCAAGGUGGGGAGCAAGGUGGGGAGCAAGGUGGGGAGCAAGGUGGGGAGCAAGGUGGGGAGCAAGGUGGGGAGCAAGGUGGGGAGCAAGGUGGGGAGCAAGGUGGGGAGCAAGGUGGGGAGCAAGGUGGGGAGCAAGGUGGGGAGCAAGGUGGGGAGCAAUGGUGGGGAGGCAAGGUGGGGAGCAAGGUGGGGAGCAAGGUGGGGAGCAAGGUGGGGAGCAAGGUGGGGAGCAAGGUGGGGAGCAAGGUGGGGAGCAAGGUGGGGAGCAAGGUGGGGAGCAAGGUGGGGAGCAAGGUGGGGAGCAAGGUGGGGAGCAAGGUGGGGAGCAAGGUGGGGAGCAAGGUGGGGAGCAAGGUGGGGAGCAAGGUGGGGAGCAAGGUGGGGAGCAAGGUGGGGAGCAAGGUGGGGAGCAAGGUGGGAGCAAGGUGGGGAGCAAGGUGGGGAGCAAGGUGGGGAGCAAGGUGGGGAGCAAGGUGGGGAGCAAGGUGGGGAAGCAAGGUGGGGAGCAAGGUGGGGAGCAAGGUGGGGAGCAAGGUGGGAGCAAGGUGGGGAGCAAGGUGGGGAGCAAGGUGGGGAGCAAGGUGGGGAGCAAGGUGGGGAGCAAGGUGGGGAGCAAGGUGGGGAGCAAGGUGGGGAGCAAGGUGGGGAGCAAGGUGGGGAGCAAGGUGGGGAGCAAGGUGGGGAGCAAGGUGGGGAGCAAGGUGGGGAGCAAGGUGGGGAGCAAGGUGGGGAGCAAGGUGGGGAGCAAGGUGGGAGCAAGGUGGGGAGCAAGGUGGGAGCAAGGUGGGGAGCAAGGUGGGGAGCAAGGUGGGGAGCAAGGUGGGGAGCAAGGUGGGGAGCAAGGUGGGGAGCAAGGUGGGGAGCAAGGUGGGAGCAAGGUGGGGAGCAAGGUGGGGAGCAAGGUGGGGAGCAAGGUGGGGAGCAAGGUGGGGAGCAAGGUGGGGAGCAAGGUGGGGAGCAAGGUGGGGAGCAAGGUGGGGAGCAAGGUGGGAGAGCAAGGUGGGGAGCAAGGUGGGGAGCAAGGUGGGGAGCAAGGUGGGGAGCAAGGUGGGGAGCAAGGUGGGGAGCAAGGUGGGGAGCAAGGUGGGGAGCAAGGUGGGGAGCAAGGUGGGGAGCAAGGUGGGGAGCAAGGUGGGGAGCAAGGUGGGGGAGCAAGGUGGGGAGCAAGGUGGGGAGCAAGGUGGGGAGCAAGGUGGGGAGCAAGGUGGGGAGCAAGGUGGGGAGCAAGGUGGGGAGCAAGGUGGGGAGCAAGGUGGGGAGCAAGGUGGGGAAGCAAGGUGGGGAGCAAGGUGGGGAGCAAGGUGGGGAGCAAGGUGGGGAGCAAGGUGGGAGCAAGGUGGGGAGCAAGGUGGGGAGCAAGGUGGGGAGCAAGGUGGGGAGCAAGGGGGAGCAAGGUGGGGAGCAAGGUGGGGAGCAAGGUGGGGAGCAAGGUGGGGAGCAGGUGGGGAGCAAGGGGGGGAGCAAGGUGGGGAGGCAAGGUUGGGGAGCAAGGGUGGGGGAGCAAGGUGGGGAGCAAGGUGGGGAGCAAGGUGGGAGCAAGGUGGGGAGCAAGGUGGGGAGCAAGGUGGGGAAGCAAGGUGGGAGCAAGGGGAGCAAGGUGGGGAGCAAGGUGGGGAGCAAGGUGGGGAGCACGGUGGGGAGCAAGGUGGGGCAGCAAGGUGGGGAGCAAGGUGGGGAGCAAGGUGGGGAGCAAGGUGGGGAGCAAGGUGGGGAGCAAGGUGGGGAGCAAGGUGGGGAGCAAGGUGGGGAGCAAGGUUGGGGAGCAAGGUGGGGAGCAAGGUGGGGAGCAAGGUGGGGAGCAAGGUGGGGAGCAAGGUGGGGAGCAAGGUGGGGAGCAAGGUGGGGAGCAAGGUGGGGAGCAAGGUGGGGAGCAAGGUGGGGAGCAAGGUGGGGAGCAAGGUGGGGAGCAAGGUGGGGAGCAAGGUGGGGAGCAAGGUGGGGAGCAAGGUGGGGAGCAAGGUGGGGAGCAAGGUGGGGAGCAAGGUGGGGAGCAAGGUGGGGAGCAAGGUGGGGAGCAAGGUGGGGAGCAAGGUGGGGAGCAAGGUGGGGAGCAAGGUGGGGAGCAAGGUGGGGAGCAAGGUGGGGAGCAAGGUGGGGAGCAAGGUGGGGAGCAAGGUGGGGAGCAGCAAGGUGGGGAGCAAGGUGGGGAGCAAGGUGGGGAGCAAGGUGGGGAGCAAGGUGGGGAGCAAGGUGGGGAGCAAGGUGGGGAGCAAGGUGGGGAGCAAGGUGGGGAGCAAGGUGGGGAGCAAGGUGGGGAGCAAGGUGGGGAGCAAGGUGGGGAGCAAGGUGGGGAGCAAGGUGGGGAGCAAAGGGGGGAGCAAGGUGGGGAGCAAGGUGGGGAGCAAGGUGGGGAGCAAGGUGGGGAGCAAGGUGGGGAGGGGAGCAAGGUGGGGAGCAAGGUGGGGAGCAAGGUGGGGAGCAAGGUGGGGAGCAAGGUGGGGAGCAAGGUGGGAGCAAGGUGGGCCCAUGCAGGGCAUCCCCGUAACUCUCCCCCUUCGUGCUAGCUGGCAUCCCCGUCACUGUCGCCAUCCCUCCCUUCUCCCUUCCCAACUCGCACACUUGUCACGCCCACUCACUCCUUUGGUCUCCCACGCCCCACUCUCCAGCCCCUCAGCUGCUGGAAAGCAGAUCUACGACCGGAUCCGCCCCGAGGCGAACCCCUCCGCGCACCGCCACGCCGGUCACGAAGCAGCAGCAGCCCACAGCGCACUUCGGCAGAAUAUGCGAGAUAGGGCGUGCAGCUGGCAGAGCUGCGAGGCAGCCUCUUCUCGAGACUGCUUUCAGCCUCCCCUGCUGCCCCAUAUCAUAUGCUGA